UUGAUGUGCUUUGAGACUGAAGGAUGCUACAGAGUGGGAGCUUUGCGACUCAGGAGGAUCGGAAUGUGUUAACAUAUGUAGAAAAAGAUGCAUCCCGGAUUUUGAUGGACACUUAUGGAAGCGUUCAGAAUGGAGGCUAUCGCUCUACUGUCUAUGGUGAUGAGGAUGAUGAUGGCUUGUCUAUAAAUUCCAGUAGUGGUUACAGCCCUGAUUGCAGAGGGAACUAUUUCAAGGAUGGGAUAACAAAAAUUGAUUUUGUACUUAUCUGGGAAGUGAAGAAAGCAACACCAAAGAAGCAGAGGGGGCGAAGCAAGUAUCAGGAAAUGGGAAAAGAAGAGAAGGAUAUGAUGAAGCUGAACCUGCUGAGCAAGCAUGAAAAAUGGAGGAACAAAUUCAUGAAGAAUUUACAGAAUGUAGGACUAUUGAUGGAAAAGGAUGAGACUGUCAGUGAGAAGAAGAGCAUUCAUUACAUGAAGCUGAGUGCACCCUGGGACGUGCUGGUGUACUAUGCCGAAGAGUUGUAUAUGCGAGCACCUCUGCAGGCACAGCCUAAUCCCUGUCUGAAUUCGUCUGAGGAGAUCCUGAGGAAGCUUGGUAUCCCAAACAUCCUGUCCGAGCACGUUGCCAAUCGGCCUGUGGACUACUACACCUGUGCCUUCCGCAAAUCUAAACUCGAUAAGUUUUUGGGAAGUGACAGUCACGAGACUUACUUUACCAACACGCAGCGGCACCGGAUUGUGUACGAAAUUCUAGCUACAACAGUGUACGGAAAAAGAAAAAGAGCAGAAAUUGGAAUUGAUCGCUUGCUAAAUGAAAGAGUCUUUGCUUCAGCCUUUCCACUCCAUGAGGGGCCAUUUGAGUUGCCGGAAUAUGAAGUGCCUCCAGAAGAUCUGAACCCACGACAAAUUCUGUAUAAGUAUUGGGCUCGCUGGUCGAAAUGGUACAAGUAUCAACCACUUGAUCACAUCAGAGAGUACUUUGGAGAAAAGAUCGCCAUUUACUUUGCUUGGCUGGGUUUUUAUACUGCUUGGCUUCUCCCUGCUGCUCUGAUUGGAACAUUUGUUUUCAUCUCUGGGUUGAUGUCGAUGAAUACGAACAAGUCAGCAGAGCAGAUUUGCAACGCCAGCACCCAGUACCUCAUGUGUCCUCUCUGUAAUACCUGUGACACCUGGAAUAUCUCUGAGAUCUGUUCUAUGGCUAAACUGGGUUAUCUUUUUGACCAUCCAGGCACUGUCUUCUUUAGCAUCUUCAUGUCUUUCUGGGCCGUGACCUUCCUGGAGUACUGGAAGCGGAAGAAUGCGACUCUGGCACAUCACUGGGACUGCAUGAACUUCGAGGAGGAUGAGGAGCGCCCUCGGCCCGAGUUUGCCGCAAUGGCACCACGAAUGGAACAGAAUCCAGUCACUGGGAUCAAGGAGCCAUACUUCCCUGAGAAAGAUCGUAUAUCCCGCAUCAUCACGGGGUCCAUGGUUAUAAUAGUUAUGCUGUUUGUAGUGAUGAUCUUCCUGGUGACAGUCAUCAUGUACCGUGGAAUUAUCAGUGUAAUGAUGUACCACACAGGCAAUCCCAUUCUAAUGACCCAGGCUGGAAACAUUGCAAACAUCAGUGGCUCCAUGGUAAACCUUGUACUCAUCCUGCUGAUGGGCCAGAUCUACACUUCGCUUGCUGAAAAACUCACCAGAUGGGAGAUGCAUCGCACACAGACUCAAUUUGAGGAUGCUUUCACCUUUAAAGUCUUUGUGUUCCAGUUUGUGAAUUUCUACUCGUCCCCAUUCUACGUGGCUUUUGUGAAAGGACGGUUUGUGGGAUAUCCAGGACAUUAUGGCAAGCUGUUUGGGAUGAGGAAUGAAGAUUGCGGCCCGGGUGGGUGUUUCAUCGAACUUGCUCAGCAACUUUUUAUUAUAACGGUGGGGAAGCAGAUCAUCAACAACAUUCAAGAGUUUGUUAUCCCGAAGCUGAAGACCUGGUGGCAGAAGAGGAAAUUAGCUAUCGUCAGGGGUUCCCAGAUCUGUCAGGAGCCUAAGCGAUGGGAGGACGACUAUGAACUCAUUAAUUCUGAGGGAUUGUUUGAAGAGUAUCUAGAAAUGGUGCUGCAGUUUGGCUUCAUCACGAUCUUUGUGGCAGCCUUUCCCCUGGCUCCUCUCUUCGCCAUGCUCAACAACUGGGUGGAGAUCCGGCUGGAUGCUCAGAAGUUUGUGUGUGAGUUCCGGCGGCCAGUGGCUGAGCGCGCUCAGAACAUCGGGGUCUGGUUCAACAUUCUCGAGGCGCUGGCUCAGCUCUCGGUAAUCGUCAAUGCUUUCCUGAUUGCAUUUACAUCUGAUUUCCUGCCCCGUCUACUCUAUCAGUUUGAACAUGAUGGCAGCCUGGAUGGUUAUGUGAACUUCACACUGGCAUAUGCUCCCUACAGCUACGUGAGCAGCAACUACACUAUAUGUAGGUAUAAAGCAUUCCGUGAUCCAGAUGGGAAUCUAACUUUGUUCUAUUGGAAGCUGCUGGCUGUUCAACUUGGAUUCAUCAUUGCUUUUGAGCAUGUCGUCUUUUUCAUUCUCCGUCUAAUUGACUGGAUGGUGCGGGACAUCCCGGAGUCGCUGGAGGUGAAAAUAAAACGGGAACGGUACCUCGCCAAGCAGGCGUUGGCAGAUAACCAGGAUGUUUUUCUGUCGGAAAUGGUAUAUCCUGCAGUACCCUAAGCCUGUAAAUGGCAGCUUGGCCUUGAUUCAGGAAGAAGGAGCUUACUGGCUAAAUGCCCAAUUACACAGCCAGCCGGAGUCUCCACAUGGUGGGAGGCGUGAAGAUGAAGUUACAGGAUGAUGAUGUUGAUUUGCUGAGAUGUCAGUGCUUUUGGUUUGGUGUUUGCUGCAGAUGUGGCAUGUUCUAUCCCAGCCAGCCAGCUUUGCAUGGCUGUGAAGCACUUCCAUAUCAAUGGAUAGAAGGGUCAGCCUUGGCCAUCUGCUGUCCCCUGCCUUUGCCCCCGCCACUUUCACCAUUAAGGAUUGUGUUUUGUGAUUUCCCUUUCGCUAACCCUGUCUUUCCACUCUACUGUGCUGAUCUUUUGCAGGUCUUGUCUUCUCUUUAUGUUAGUGGGGAAUCGGGGAUAAUUCAGACUGGCCUGACUGCCUCCCAAAGGAAUGGUGUCAUCCCAGGUUUUUAACAUUUUCAUAAUCCUCAAUGUCUUGGGCCACGACAACGAUUUAGCACCGGAAACGAUCUGGCCAUUGAUUGGGAUCCUCAAAACCCCACCUGAAGCUACACAAUCCUUACCAAGGGAUUAACACAUCCGCAUUAAUCAAAGUGGAUGACAAAUAAUCCGAAAGGAAUAUAAACAAAUAUCGCACAAGGAAUCAGUUUUUUUGCAAGGUUUGGCUAGAGUUGAAGUAGGCUCAGGCUGGUUUGGUUUGGGAUGGACUCAAGCAAUUCGUCUGUUAUGUUUGAGAUCCAUGUCAACACUACCAGUAAAGUGAAUGACUGGGUUAUGUUUUACAACCAAUUAGAAACACGAAGUUCCUUAACAACAAUUAAAACCCUUCAUUUAAAAAAAUCCUUUCACUCCCACUCCUUAAUUCCCUCUUCUAAAUGAUUUGCCUUUGAAUGCACUGAUGUAGUUAGGAUUAGGAUUAUGAAGACAUGUAGUCCUCUUUUAUUGUCAUUUAGUAAUGCAUGCAUUAAGAAAUGAUACAUUAUUUCCUCCGGUGUGAUAUCACAAAACACAGGACAGACCAAGACUGAAAAAACUGACAAAAUCACAUAAUUAUAACAUAUAGUUACAAACAGUGUAACAAUACCAUAACUUGAUGAAGAAGUCCAUGAGCACAGUAAAGUUCAAGGUUUCUCAAAUGUCCCACAUCUCACGCAGACGGAAAAAGGAAGAAAAACUCUCCCUGCCAUGCCCGACCACAAUCCGACUCUGAGUCAUCCGAAAACCUCGAGCUCUGAUCAGCUGUCCGACACCGAGUACUGAGAGGCAUCUCUAUCCGAACGAUCCGACCUCCUUCUCGGUCGCCAAAAGCAGGCAAGGCCGGGGAUUUUGAGGCCUACCCUCUGAAAGAUUCCCGACCACACUAACGACAGCAGCGAACGGGCAUUUCAGAAAUUUCUCCAGGUGUUCCUCUGUGCUUUCACGUCCAUUCUCCAUCAAAUCAGAAUUGUCCACAGCCCCUAUUUAACAGAUACGAUAUCAUUUUUCACCGGAGGGCUGCGCACGCGCAGGCGCGCCGCCAUCUUCUCCUCCAGCCUGUUAUAAAAGGUUCAUUAAUGUUCCUUACUCUGUGCAGUUGUAAGAGCAAGCACUGCCAGUUCCUUGAGCUGCUUUUGGAACUUCCAGCA